UCUCCAAGGCAAAAAAACCUCUUCCCCUCCCUUCUCCCUUCUUCCCCCCUCCUCUCCUCAGCUCGCUUCCCAGAAGAAGAAGUCCGGCAUAGAAUGUCAAAACCAUCACUGUUUCCGAUGGCGGCUCCCUCCGCUGGAGAAACCAACUCCUCCUCUGACCCGGCCCCACCGCGUCGCCGCCCCCGCUGCCAGCUUCACCCAAUCGUUUCCCUCCCUCCUCUGACAACCUUGGUUUCUUUGCUCUAAACCCUCUACCGUUCAUUCCGUGCAUAAAAGGAGGAAGAACGAGAAGAGGUCUGUGGAUCUUAGUUCCAAGAUCUGAUCUAUUUGGCGCGGUGGAGCGCGGCUGAGAAGAAAGGUGGGAUCUUGAUCUUGCUUGGCUCGAGGGUUUGGAAAAGUGCUGAGGAAAGGGGAGGAGGAGGGGAGUGAAUGGGGAGUAUGUGGAGGAAGGCGAAGAGGGCAAUGGGGUUCAACCUCUGCGUCCAUGUCCCGAGAGCAAUGGGCGAGGAGGAGGAGGACGACGGGUGCCGGCUCGCUGGGCUGGGUUACGGACGGAGGGCCUCCGACGCCGCUGCGACUGCGAUGUCGUCCCCGGCGGGGUCUUCGGGGGCAUCGGAGUUCCUAGCGUUGAUGCCGUCGACGCCCACGCCGUCUUCGGGAGGCCUCCGGCUACCUAAAUCCGGCAUCAGAUCGUCAAAGAAAACAUGUGCUAUUUGUCUUGGAUCCAUGAAAGUGGGAGAUGGUCAUGCACUCUUCACUGCUGAGUGCUCCCACAAGUUCCAUUUUCAUUGCAUCACCUCAAAUGUGAAGCAUGGGAACUACGUCUGCCCACUUUGCAAAGCCACUUGGAAAGAGAUCCCCUUCCAAGGCUCCCUAUCUUCUGAGCAUCCUCAUGGGAGAGCCAGAGUAAACCCAGUCAAUUGGCCCCAGGAAGAAGGCCGUGUAGCUGUCGUGCACCGGCUUCCUCCUGCAGAGUCUGCAAACAGGCGGCACCAUCAGUUUUCUUCUGGCUUUCGUGGUGCAGAACCAACCAAUUUUAAUGAUGAUGAGCCUCUAGAUAUUCUAUCUGAAACAGCUAGAAGUUCCCAACAAAAUUGUCCUAAGAUAGUAGAGGUCAACACACAUCCUGAAUUCUCAGCUAUUCAACAAUCAGCUUCACUGGAGGAUUUUGCUGUCCUGAUCCAUUUGAAGGCUCCUCAUGUUAGCAUGAAACCGAGUCCUAGCAGGAAUCUCAUCGCAAGCUCUACAGUGCCACAAAACUCUCGUGCUCCGAUAGACCUGGUCACCGUGCUUGAUGUCAGCGGCAGCAUGGCUGGCACGAAGUUGGCACUUCUUAAGCGUGCCAUGAGUUUUGUGAUCCAAAACCUUGGGCCAUCUGAUCGCCUUUCAGUCAUUGCCUUCUCAUCAACUGCACGCCGACUCUUCCAUCUGUGUCGGAUGUCUGACUCUGGUAGACAGCAGGCUUUGCAGGCUGUCAAUUCUCUGGUGUCCAGUGGUGGAACAAACAUUGCAGAAGGCCUCAGGAAGGGGGUCAAGGUGAUUGAGGAACGGAAGGAGAAGAAUUCAGUGUGCAGCAUCAUCCUUCUCUCCGAUGGCCGGGACACUUACACUUUCUCCUCAAGUGCUAGUGGAGCACAGCAUUCAGAACUGAACUACAAAUCACUUGUUCCAUCCUCAAUUCUUGGUGGCACAGCAAUACCGGUCCAUACCUUUGGUUUUGGUGUGGACCAUGAUUCUGCUGCCAUGCACACAAUUGCAACAGUUUCUGGAGGAACUUUCUCUUUUAUUGAAUCUGAAGUUCUCAUUCAGAAUGCCUUUGCACAAUGCAUUGGUGGCCUCCUGAGUGUGGUUGUGCAAGAGAUGUGGUUGGAUGUGGAGUGUAUGCAUCCCGGUGUGCGGCUUGCUCCCAUCAAAUCAGGUAGCUAUAGAAAUCAGUUGUCAAGUGAUGCUCGCACUGGAUUCAUCUAUGUAGGUGACCUUUAUGCUGAUGAAGAGAGGGAUUUCCUGGUUUCUGUAAAUGUUCCACCCCACAUGGAAGAGAUCUUACUCCUUAAGGUAGCCUCUGCCUACAGAGAUCCAAUCUCAAAUGAUAUUGUUCAUUUGGAGGUUAAAGAAGUGAGAAUUCAGAGGCCAGAAGUUGUUUUGUUCCAAACUCCCUCAAUUGAGGUUGACCGCGAAAGGAACCGGAUCCAAACUGCUGAGGCAAUAUCAGAUGCAAGGGCUGCUGCGGAGCGAGGUGCCCUCUCUGAUGCGGUUUCAAUAUUAGAGCAGCGUCGAAAGAUACUCUCCGAGUCCCUGGCAGCACAAUCAAAUGACCGACUUUGCUUAUCUCUGGGUGCGGAACUGAGAGAGAUGCAAGGUAGGAUGGCAAGCCGGCAGAGAUACGAAGCUUCAGGGCGUGCUUAUGUGCUGUCAGGGCUGAGCUCACACUCGUCACAGAGAGCAACCAUGCGUGGGGACUCGACCUACAGUGAAACUCUCAUCCAUGCUUAUCAGACACCAUUGAUGGUUGACAUGCUACGUCGUUCACAGACAUCGUGCUACUCAGCUCGGUCUCCUGCUCCUCCGAUGCAUCCUACAAGGUCCAUCCCUUCGCAACUACAGCCAAGGUAAUCGAAUUGACCAGUUUUGGAGGACGAAGAAAAAAAAAACCACAAACGAAAAAUAAUGUUUUGUUUAGUACCUGUGUUUGCUCUUCUCAUUUGAGGUGGUGGUGGUGGUGGUGGUAUACUGGUGGUGAAAGUAAAGCUACAAGGGGUUCUGGGACAAGGUAAUGGGUAUAUGGGUGAUGUAAAUGAAUAAAUCUGGAGGUGGGAUAAAAUGGAAAGAUGGGUGAAAUGGUAUAAUGUCACAGGGAGGAGGAUGUGUAGGUAUUAGCUUCUGUCUACUUCUUUGAACUCUGGUGUUGGUGAUGUAAAUAGGAGAAGGUUUUCCCUGAAGAGGAUGGUAUAAGGUUGUAUAUCUCUUCAAGUAUUUGGGGGUGCAUUCUUCUCUUGGAUUUAUACACCUUAUUUUCAGAUCAUUUGUUCUUUAA